AUGAUUCACUAUGUGAAUGAGGUCAAAAGGCAACUGAUGAACACCCCUUUUUAUAGGCGAUUGCCCUCCGACCCGACAACGAUUUUCAAAAAGGAUGUUCAUGACAGUUUUUUAACAGUGACAUAACCAACAAAGAGUUUCACUUCGUGAAGGUUGAUAGUCCCGUUAUGCCUGUGAUCUAUACCCUGCCUAAGAUUCACAAAAAGCUUGACCAUCCCUGAGGAAGGCCUAUAGUUUCUUCUAUAGGGUAAUUGAGUGAGAAGAUACCAACAUAUGCCAUAAUUUCUUCCUGAAACCACAUGUGAGAGAUUCCAUGGAUAUGAUAAGCACAUAAGUCUAUAGGGUCAUUAUGGCUACAUUUAAUGUUGCGAGUCUAUAGUAUAUAUGUAUGUAUUCCUCACCAGGGAGGGCUAGAAGCUCUCACCGUCUUUCUGAAUCAGCACACCCCUGAGACUCUCCCAAGCACGCCAUGCAUCAAAGAAAUAGCUUAA